AUGCCGAGGGGGAUCGAGGUCUCCCAAACAAGAGCUGCGAUUUGCCCCAAUGGAACCGCUGAUAGAGUCACUUUGACCGCAGCACGUACAUCAGCAAAACUCUAUCAACGUGCUGCAUACCCAGCACCUUCGACACCCAACCCCGACGUUAUGGGAUCGCGGAACUCUAUGGUAUUACCAAGACGUGGCUCUGGCCCAAUGCCAUCACUCCUUCAGGGCGCAACUGGGACCAUGAAUCCCCAGCAGCGUCGGACUUCGUAUGUCAACUCGAACCAGGAGGCAUCUACUGCUAGUUCCAGUAGACAAUUGGAAGAAGUGUCUACCCCCCAAGCCGGUCCUAUCCCCAACGUGUCGGGUAGCAGAUCGCAAGCACCAUCAUUUCAUCAUUUGAUCACUCUCACUGAUACCGUUCAUUCAUUGAAUAAUGAUGCUCCUAUGGCUGUGCGACCGCCGUCUGGAGAACCUCAAGCCUCCAUGUCGAAUACGAGAUCGUCAGACAUCCAGGGAAAGCAGAGGAGAAUACGAGCUGGUCUCAGUAUAUUCAUUCCUCCUCGUCUCGCCUCCCCGCCGCCUCCAUAUACGCCCGAAGAUACAAGUCCCUUUCGGUUCUCACCUUAUGAGUAUUCUCCGUCGGAAUAUAGAGUCGAUACAAGGGUAAUGGGUGACUCUUUCAUCACUGCUCCAAGUCCAAUCGCGCUUCCGGCUCGGCGUGGUUCACGACCUCUUCCGGCCGUUCAUCGUCCAUCAAUUCUGGGCGAGCGAAAUCAUUCUAGAUGGUUCUCGACAUCGAGGCUACUCGACGACCACGUUAUAUGUCACCAAUCAACCUCAGGAUUCAUCUCUCGACCGCGGGGUCACAGUCUUAGCGCUGGACAAUACUGA